AUGUUUAGACCUGGUGAAAUUGGGGAACCUAGUGUGUCCACAAACACCUCCUCCAUCUCUCUGAGCUGGACCUCACCUCCGGGUGAGGUGUUCAAGUACAGGUUGGAGUGGCAUAAUGGUGGAGCGCUGACGACCGGUCACACCAGCAGCACCUUCAGCGUGCUGUCAGGCCUCGUCUCUGGUACCAAGUACACAAUCUCAGUCGUUGCCGUCGCCGGAGACAAUCAGACGGAAGGACACGCUCACACAUUCCUCUCAGUCACAAAGCCUGAAGUAGUCCGCAAUAUCACUGUCACUCAGAUCACCACCUCCUCUGUAUCUCUGAAGUGGACUAAACCGGAGGGAAACAGCUCUUUCUACCGAGUACAGUGGACUGAUGGAAAUGGAAAUGGCAGUGACCAUGUGACUCAAACCAAUAUAACCAUGACUAACCUGACUGCUGGUGUCCAGUAUGAAAUAACUGUGACUGCAGUGACGGAUGACGGCAGAGCUGAGGGACAGAGUACCACUGUUUCUCAAUACACACGGCCUGGCGAUAUUGUGGGACAUAGUGUGUCCACAAACACCUCCUCCAUCUCUCUGAGCUGGACCUCACCUCCGGGUGAGGUGUUCAAGUACAGGUUGGAGUGGCAUAAUGGUGGAGCGCUGACGACCGUC